AUGAUAGCAGCAACAUGGGUACCAUAUGUAGAAGAAUCCUUAACAGAUGCAAUCGACUGGCUAAUUGGUGGUGAUCAUCAAGUGAUACAACCAAUCAAAUACCAUGAUGGAAUCAUGUUCUGUUACUUCACCCACUUGGAGGCUGAUGAUGUUCUGCAUUGUUGGUGCUUGAAGCAACAUCACAAGGUGCUUGAAGAUGGUGUUCUUGAUCCAGAAAACCCUAGGCAGUGGUGUUAAUCUUUCCAUCUCCAAUGCAUUAUGUGGGUCUCACGCGCAAGCUCAGUGAAAACUAACCCCGUAUUCCGAACCCGCCAGAUAGUUUGGCUGCAAAUGACCAACAUUUUAAUCAGUAAUCGAUGAAUAUUAAUGAUUUCAAAUGAUGUUUGUUUGUUCUCAUUUUGCAAAGUCGUGAUAUUAGUAUUAAUUAAUGGUUUUUAACCAAUGAAGAUGUUCAGCCAUUUCAAAUUCCCUGUGACC